AUGUCAGACAACGAGCACGCGAUUCUCAACCUGAGCUCCGACGAGAAACGAGCCUUUUCCUUCCUCUUCGCCCAAGCCGACAAGGACCAACUCGGCGUCGUCACCGGCGAGAACGCAGUCACCUUCUUCGAACGCACCCACGUAUCGCCCAACGUCCUCGGAGAAAUAUGGCAGCUGGCGGACACGGAGAAUCGAGGUCUUCUCACGAAGCCUGGAUUCUGCAUGGUAUUAAGGUUGAUUGGACACUAUCAAGCUGGGAGAGAGCCUACGACCGAGUUGGCAUUCAAGCCGGGGCCGAUACCGAAGUUUGAAGGAUUGACAAUACCGGGAAUUGGUGGCCCUGCCGGUGCGACGGGAAGUGGACUGCCCAGUCCGAGCGCGGCGGGAUUUCCUCCUGCUGCACUGCAACCGCAGGCGUCGGGCAAUCCGCCUGUUCGAAUCCCACCAUUGGAUCCGCAAAAGGUGCAGCAAUACUCGGGACUAUUCGAGAGAUCAGGUGCGCAGAAUGGACAACUCGAUGGAGCGACGGCGAAGGCGAUCUUUGAAAGAGCUGGGCUUCCAAACGAGGUGCUUGGGCGGAUAUGGAUGCUUGCCGAUCGGGAGCAGAGAGGAGCGCUGGACCAGACGGAGUUCAUCGUGGCAAUGCAUAUGUUGACAAGUAUGAAGACGAGAACAAUGACUGCGCUGCCUACCACACUUCCACCCGGGUUGUAUGAAGCUGCGGCGAGACGUGGAGGACCUCCUCCCGCGAGGCAGCCGACCAUGCCCACUGCAAUUCCAAGGCAGAUCUCGGGAAGCUCUGCUGGUGCUAUCCCAAGGACUCAAAGUCCACUCGCAAGAUCUGGAUACGGACCACCGCCUGGGCAGCCGCCUCAAGCGACGAGUGCGCCGUGGCUUAUCACCCCAGCCGACAAGAGCAAGUUUGACCAAUUCUUCAACUCGAUUGACACGCAGCGGAGAGGCGUGCUCACGGGAGAACAAGCCGUUACCUUCUUCUCGGACUCGCGACUGCCAGAGGAGACCCUGGCGCAAAUCUGGGAUCUUGCAGACAUCAACAGUGAAGGUCAGCUGAACAAGGAUGAAUUUGCUGUUGCCAUGUACUUGAUUCGGCAGCAGCGGGCUCCAAACCCUGGUCCUCUGCCAGCAUUCCUACCUCCAGGUCUUGUCCCUCCCAGCAUGCGCAAGCAGCAACAGCAGACUCAGUCCACAGCACCCGCAUUCGACAAUGCCGCCAAUUCUUCAAACCUCCCCAAGUCUGCCGCAGACGACCUCUUCGGACUGGACGAGCCAUCAUCUCCAACCAUAAAGCAGGCACCAGUACUGCAGCCUCAAACGACAGGAAUGUCUGCAAGUCGCGACCCUUUCUCAGGAGGCAGUCCUGCCACUCCCAGCUCACCCCAGCGAUUUCAGGCGCCUCCAUCGAUCCAGGCACAACCUACUGGAUUCAAGCCCUUCCAGCCGACAUCUGCGUUUGGUGCUAGUCUUGCUUCGCAGAAUACUGGUGGGUCAUUUGCAUCGAAUCAGGCAGCUACGACACGUGGUGCUCCUCCAAUGCCGCAGUCUUCAGGAGCGGACGAUCUCUUGGGCGACAAUGAUACCAGCGCGGCGGAAAGUGGAAAGCUCACCAACGAGACGACCGAACUUGCCAACAUGAGCAACCAGAUUGGCAACCUCCGAUCACAAAUGGAGCAGACUCAGGCGAAGAAGAGCGCCAGCCAAGCUGAGUCAACCACGAUGAACACGCAGAAGCGGGACCUCGAAAUCAGACUUCAGCAAUUCCGAGGACAGUACGAGCAGGAGGUCCGCGCGGUCAAGGAGUUGGAACAGCAAUUAGCCGCAUCACGCGAGUCGACGAAGAAGCUGAGUCAAGAGCUUGCCAUGCUUGAGGGGAGCUACCAAGACUUGCAGACGCAGCAUCAGAAGGUGUCGCAAGAUUUGCAGACCGACCAACAAGAGAAUGCGAAUUUGAAGCAGCGCAUCUCGCAGAUCAAUGCCGAGGUGACCAGACUGAAGCCUGAGAUUGAGAAGCUCAAGCUUGACGCAAGACAACAAAAGGGCAUGGUCAGCAUUAACAAGAAGCAGCUGGCUACGGGGGAAGGGGAGCGGGAUCGUCUGCAGGGUGAGAAGGCUGAUCUUGAACGAGAAGCGACCGAGCAUGUAGCGCAGGCUCGCUCGGCUACUUUUGAUUACCCUGAGCACACUUCGAACGUGGUGAGCCCAGCUGCGAGCGUUAUGAGCGCCAACAACCCGUUCUUCGUGAAGCCCAGCCAGAGUGGAGACUUGUCAAGAUCCGGAACUCCGAUCACUGCCUCUCAGACCUCGAAGGGACCCAACCCUAGCGCCUUCGAUGCGAUUUUUGGUCCGUCUGCUGCGUUCGCGCCGAAUGGCCAGUCUAGUGGUACUUCGACACCGCCGGCGACCUCAUUCGUUGGACGCAACAUUUCGUCGUCGGCAGGACCGCACGGUAUGUCCGAUUCGUUGCAGAGCGUGUCAUCUCGUGGCGAGCACACUCCUUCCGCGACUCCGCCCUUGCCGGAUAUCCCGAAAGAGGCGCCGCUCCAAGCUGAACCUCCGCCACCUCCCGAGGAGCAGCAGUUUUCUGCUUCUCAUCUGCCUGUUGUUGGUGUUAAGGAAGCCGCGCCAGGUAGUGAUACGAGCUCGCUCGGUGUGCUGCCACCUGCUAGUCGGGCUAGUGGUAUCGAGACGCCGAGGGAAGAGGUUCCAAUGUCUUCCGAACCUACAUUGGCGUCUUUCAAGGAGGACUCCACGACUGAGUCGGCCGCGCAUGAGGCUAUUCCUGGUGCCUUCCCAGAGGCGACCCCUUUUGAGAAGGAAUCGCAGCCGGACGACUUUGACUCGGCGUUUGCUGGGUUUGGAGCUGGCGACAAGGCGGCGGAGACGAGGGAAGUUGAUGAGGAUCCUUUCGCGCCGUCGAGCAGCCGCGCACCAACAAAUGGCGUUGCUUCUGAGUUCCCGGAGAUCAAAUACCUCGAGCCAGAGGACAGUGAUAGUGAUGACGAUACUGAUACAGGAUUUGGAGAUGACUUUGCAGCUCCGGCAGCAUCGGCAGCUCAGGCGCCAGUCGCUGCUGAUUCCGUGGCUCCCGCUGCCGCUGCGUUACCGCCCAUCACGGCUCAAACAUCGCCGCCUACAUACGAGGAUAGCGACAAGCCUUCGCACGGAGGUACUGGAGAGCAUACCGAUGAGAACCAGUUCCCGCCCGAGUUCGGUGGACUGUUGCCUGCGAGAGAAGAUCCUACCGGCCCGACAGCGCAUGCAGCUGAGCCACCAGCUGGGACGUCCGUGCGUGAGGUCGGGCUGGAGAAUGAGGCGCAGCGCACUCUACACACUCCAUUCUCGAGCGGCACACAUACCUUCCCAGCUCCACCUGGACAGGCGAUUAGUGAGAUCAUUGCCUCUUGCUUCCUUCGCUCUAACACCACUAACACUCUCCCAGCAACCUCCACCCAACCCCACAACCCUACCUUCGACGACUUCGACGCCUUCGACGACCUUUCCGAAGCCAAAGAAGCAGACAAAGCCUCCGACCUCGACUUUUCCUUCUCCGAGCCCUCCGGCGCAGACUUCAACCCCGCCUUCGACUCUCCCGCAGCCAGCAUGUCGACAACCCUCGCCUCCGCCCAAGCCACGCCCAGCGCCUCCCGCACCCUCCCAGAACCAACAAACAACGGCUUCUCCAACUUCCAACCCACCGCUUCCACCACCAGCGUCUUCGCCUCUGGCGGCGUAACGAGUCCCGCUGUUCCUGCUACAGCACAACAUGACUGGGACGCUAUCUUUUCCGGUCUAGACAGCGCCAAGCCGGUGGAUACGAGUCUGCCGGCGAGUGAUCCUUGGGGCGCGAGUCCGCCUGGGACGUCGUCUGCUGCGCCGGCGGUCGCGGGGAGUAGUAGUGCUCUUUCGAAGCCGAAGGGACCGGAGAGAGGUGGGGCGAUUACACCCGGCACAGAACAUGAUGAUCCGAUUUUGAAGAGAUUGACGGGAAUGGGGUAUCCGAGAGGUGAGGCGCUGGAUGCGUUGGAGAAGUAUGAUUAUGAUAUCAACAGGGCUGUGGAUCAUUUGAGUGGACCUCCUUGAUUUUGAGACAAGGGAUGUGGAUGAUGGAUGUGGAUGUGAUGG